ACAACGGUACUUAAGCAUUCACACGAGGUUCGAUGGUUAAUUUACAAUGCAAUAAAACUAAUAAAAGUGCAUGCUAGAGAUCGUGAAAUGUGCACGCGUCAGAGGAUGAUGUGACACUAACUCAGUAAAUGUUAAUGUUGCAAUCCGCCCUCACGUUUUCCAGAAUCGGAGGACUUCGCGGAGACAGAGGCCAGAGAGAGAACGCGUAUUCCGAAGAGGGUUUAUUCGCCGGCGUCUUCGGACUACGAGAAUGAAGCGGAGAGCCCUAUCAAAGAAAAAACGAAAAACAAAACAACAAGUGGUGCAGAGGCACGCCUGCUUCAGCUUUAAAAAGCAAGAAAGAAAAUAUGAAGAGGCAGGCGAAAAAUCAAGAUGGGCCACAUUCUAAAAAGCACCACAAAGAAGCAAUGGACAGUGGGCGCCUUCAGGGGGCUCAUGAAACCAUUGAUAACCUUGAAGAGCAGGUAGAGAAAAAAUCUACCAUCAUUCGCCAACUGCGAAAACAAAAUGAAGAAAAAGACAGGGAGAUGGCUCAACUCAGAAGACUGAACAUGGAGCUUCAGGACAAGGUUAUUUCUGCACUGGAAGACAUGAAAGGCUGCAGAAUUAUGAAAAGGAUCAUGGAUGGCAGCCAGUCGAGCCCCUCCGUGUCUGAGGAUCUACAAGACACCUUGACAGAGCGAGCCCUUCGCCCAGGUUCAUCCAAUCCGCAACCGAAUGACAGUGAAACAAUGGUGGACAUUGGACGAGGGCUUAUGGUCAAGAAAGGUGCAUGGGAACAUGUGCAGUCCCAUCAUAAGGAUUCCUUAUUUGUCAAGGACCUGCUAGUCACCAUCUGGUCGAAAGACAACCUUAAGGAGCGCUCCCUGCAUGGAAAACAUUGUCCACGGUACCCUAACCGUCCACGCAAGGCUCCCCUAACACCGUGGAAGUUGGACGUAAUGCGUGACUGCUACAGAGCACGUCUGGAGCAUCAAGGCGUGCCUGCAGGAGUACUGCCGUUGGCAGUCAAACAGAUGAACCACUUCAUUGUUGAGAAGCUUUCAGAUAUUGAGAAGCUUGCCAAGCGGGCGAAGGACAACCAGGGCGUUGCGGAAGUUUAACAGAGGAGGACCAUUGGUGCAUUUUCUAAAUAGUGUAAAUAUUAUGGAAUGUGUGAAUAAAUUUUCAUUCUUUCAUAUUUUU